ACGGUGUUGGCCUCCUUGUUCUCGUUUUCGUGCUCGGUGGGUCGGUCCAACUCCUUGGUCUGUCAUGCUUAGCGGUCAGGAUAUACCAAGAGCACGUCAGUCCAUCCGCUCGCUGUUCCACUCGGUAGGUAGUGUAAGGAGUGUGCGCCCAUUCGAUUGAUUGGAUCCAGUGGCAUCCACCGCCAGUGACGUCAGAGGAACUGUCAGUAAAUCCACAAGAUGACAACGUCCGCAUCCAGAUCUGGCUAGACGCGUUAUCAUGUGAGAUAACAACUUAACAGCUCAUGGAAAACUGAAGUGUCAACGUUGAUCAGCCAUUGUAUUUUUCACAUUGCCUACCAGCUUGUUAGCUGGGUUCCGUAGAUGCUCCAGCCAAGCUCUAGAUUGCCAGACAGGGGGGCUGCCCUUGCCGAGUAUGCUCUGGGUGCAUGCAUUGGCCUCUGUUCCAUGACGUCCUCGAAUCCCAAGCCUGCUGCCGUGGGUUCCAGCUGUUUCUGGAUUGUCCUAGUGUUACUCGUGUCCUCCGGCCUCCCUCGCGUGGUUGUUGGUGACCAAUUUUCGUCUCCUUCAUCGGCCAAUGUCAGCCACGUUCCACCUUUGGUUGUGGAAUCCAAUUUCAAUGGCUCAACGGGGCCUUCGAACAUGAGCGAUUCCAAUUUGAAUCGACUCCCCCAUUUGAGCUCUCCCGAGUCCCACGGUAAUAUGACGAGUGAGACGUCGCUGAUGGAAAACAUGUCGGGCAUCCUCUUGACCGUCCUCUCGUAUGGGUCACAAGUGGCCAUGGUGGUGGGUGGGGUGAUUCCGUACAUCCCCCAGUUCAGAUCCAUCCGUCAGAACCAAAGCGCCAAAGGCUUCUCACUCUACGUGUGCUUGGCCUUGUUGGUGGCCAACACCCUUCGGAUCUUAUUCUGGUAAGCCAACUUUGGGAAGCACUAUGAAUAUCCAUUACUGAUCCAAAGCGUCCUGAUGAAUAUUACUAUGUUUGCACUGAUCCAUUUAUGCGUCAGUAUUCGACGUAAAGACCAGAUCCUCAAAAGCCAGGACCGUAUUUUCACUGAUUUUGAUGUCCAAUACUUUUGGCAAUGGACAGAUUUCCAAUCGUACGUGGAAUGCAUUGUGACUUUGGCCGUUUCGGGUGGAAUCCUAAUGUACUUUCUCCAGGACGUGGAUCCUUUCGUCGAGUCCGUUGGUUUUCUGGCCGUUUUCACCGAGGCUUGCUUGGGAGUGCCACAAUUCUAUCGAAAUGCGAGGAACAAGUCCACUUUUGGAAUGAGUGUGCAAAUGGUGUUGAUGUGGACUUGUGGCGAUAUCUUCAAGACGACGUACUUCUAUAUGAGAGAGACACCAGCUCAGUUCAUAAUAUGUGGCAGCCUCCAAGUUCUUAUUGAUCUUUCCAUUCUAAGUCAAGUAUGGAUCUACCGGGAAAACACGGCGCGAAGAAGAAAGUCCGAGAUCCAUUUGACUUCAUAAUCAUCCCACGAUGAAAACACUCAAGACGGUCAAGGUGAUCUCUCUUCUUGCGCUUUUAGCCCACGCUCUCCUCUUCGAAUAUGUUGUCGUGCAUUUCCAUUCAUUUAAGAUCUUCUUGACAAUGCCAUUAACCUGGAUCUGUCUGCUACUUGUCAAUGGUUCGUGCUAGAAGUCAGGACGUGAGUCAUUAAUGUGCGGAGACUAUGUUGAAAUUUGAAGUGUACGUAGGUAUUGUAUUAAUUUAUUCAUGUUAUCAAGCCAAUCACGUGAGAAACCACAAAAAUUAGAAAUACAUACUAGUUAUUCCACUA